CUUCCUGCAGCUCCUCCUCCCUGCAGGUCACGCAGAGAAAAUGAAACUAUCUGUGGCGCUUGUGCUUUGCAGGAAACUCCUUGUUACUCUCCUUUGGCCACAGUAGCAGAUAGACCGUCCCCAGAGCUGUGGCAGGAGCUGGCUGUGCAUCCGCUCUCAAUGCAGGUGAUGGAGGAAGAAUUUCAAUUCCUGCUUUGCCAGGGGUGCCGGAAAGAACCCAGGAAUCCCAAGCUCCUGUCCUGCCUUCACACUUUGUGCACCGACUGCCUGGAAGAGAACAAGCCCGUUGGCCAGUGCCCCAUCUGCCAGGCUCCCAUCCCACAAGUCAGCGGGAUCCCAGACCAGGACAACCUGCUCUUCGCCAAUCUGCAGGCCAAGCUGAGCACCUACCAGAAGAUUGUCAACAGCAGCAACUUGGUCUGUGACCGCUGCAAGGAUCUGGCUGAAUUCUGGUGCUCUGAGUGUGAGGAAUUCUUUUGCAUCAGAUGUUUUGAGGCCCAUCAAUGGUUCUUGAAGAAGAAAAGCCAUGAAACCAAGAAGGUGGGAGAUCUGAAGGCAGAAUCUGCCAAACAGUUUCUGGAGGGAGCAAGGAAGUCCAGAAUCCUCUUCUGUUCCAAUCCCACCCACAAUGACCAGAACUACAUUACAAGUAAUAUCUACUGCAGAGGAUGUUUAAAGCCCCUCUGCUGUUCCUGCGCGCUCCUGGAUAGUGAGCACUCAAAACUCUACUGCAACAUCCAGACGGAAAUCGAGCGGAGGCAGGAGGAGCUGGGGAGCCUGAGCGAAGAGCUGAAGAGGAAGAAGGCCCACUUUGAAGAUGUCUAUAAAAGCCUGAAGGGCAAAGCUGACCACAUGGACCAAGUGAGGACUGAAAACCAGGAGCUGAUCCAAAACAGAGUUGAACACAUGGUGAAGCUGAUCCGAGAGAAGGAGCAGGAGCUGCUGGAGAUGGUGGACAGGCAGCACCGCCUAGGGAACGAGGACCUGGAGGGGAAGCUGAAGCAGAUGGAAGCUGUGCUCAAAAGGAUGGGGGCUGGUGAGCAGCUAGUGGAGAAGAUGCAUCUCUACGCAUCGGACCAGGAGGUGAUGGACAUGCACCCCUUUAUCAAGGAGUCCUUAGAGGAGCUCAUGAAGCUGCAGCCUCUGGCAGUGGGAGCCAGUGUCCAGGGUGGAGACUUCACCAAGUGUAAAGCCAAACUCCAGGCUCUGUUUGAAAGAGUGACUUGGGAGAAAGAUGCUGCCUCCUGCGCUGCCCCAGCAGCUCCAGUGACUGAGAUGUCUUCAGCUAAGGACUGGCCAGGGGAGUUCACUCAGCUCAGGACUCGAGAGCAGCACCUGGUUCCCAUGCUUACUGGCAACAUCCAGGAGACGCACUUGGGCAUGGCUCCCCUGGGGAAGAGGAAACCAGGCCAAGUGGAAAAAGCCAUCCAGACACCUCCCAAGGUGCUGAAGCUUGAAUCUCAGCCCAAAGUGGUCGAGAGAACCCCCAGCAAGUGCAACCAGGGCUUGCUAGACUGGGACCUGCAGCCUGGGCCCAGCACCUCAACACCCAGCAGAAACUGCGGAGGGGCUCCUGCAGCGAGAGGUGCUGUGCUCUCACAGGAGCUGGGAAACACCCACUCUGAGCCUGGAGAUCAAGAAGACUCCAGCAUCGUGAUAAGCAGUUCUGAAGAUACCGAAGAAGACACGAUGCUGUCCAGCAUGCUAGAGGGCAGCAAGGACUCCUCCUCAUACCUGCGGUUCGAAUGGGAAAGCAGCGCACCAGGCUUUGGGGUUGUGGCCAGCGCUGGCUUUGGGGGAAGCACGCUGGUGUUCUUCGACAUGAAGGUCAACAAAGACACACAGAUGAUCACUCAGCUGGCUGCAGCGAAUGGAGAAAACAGCUUUAAGAUUGUGAUACAAACCCCAGAGUCUGUGCUCAGUUUGAUUUCACAAGGUGUCUCCCUUGAGACAGGGCUAGAGCACUUUCUCUGCUACCUCCGCUCUGUUCCCAAGCCCAUCUUAGUUGUAUAUAACUUCUGGACAUCAGAGCUCACCGUUCUCUUUAAAGCCUUGGAUUCUUUUGCCAAGAAAUGGGACUUCUGCACAAAUGUCUGUGGUUAUCUGGACACCCUGCCUUUAAUUAAGGAAAAGAUUCCCACGUUUGGUCUUUAUAAAAUGAAGAACCUGGUGAGAAUGUACCUGCACAAGCCUCUGAACGACAGCAGCGCUCUGGCAUCGGUGAAGGCCCUAAGAGAUCUCUGUAAACUUCUGGAGAUCCACACAGAUCCAGAUCCGAGGCUUGUACUUUCUCAUUGCAACCUCGAAUCUUACACUUCCCUCCAGCCUUUGCUGCAGGAGAAAUUGCUCACCAGGUCUGCCACAAAGACUCUGGCAAUGCGCAAUAUGGUCCUCUGUGAACUGCAGGAGUCGUAGCAGGAGAGAGGGCUGCCAGUGAUUUCAGGUCUCCUGAGAGGAAGCUGCUAAACAGCUAAAAACAGCUCUCCCUUUUCCUAGCAAUAGUGCAACAAACUGCUUGAGGCUGUUACUGAGCUACCUAUCCUUAGGUGCUUUUAGCAUGUCAGUCACCACCAGACUGUCCCAGUGCUCUAUCUGUCACGUAUGAUUAAACUAGUUUUAAAACUAA